CCUAUUAUGCCCCUUUUCACAGGAUGUAAUAUAAGUGAUGUCCCCAGAAUGUGUCUGUGAAGUUUCAGCUCAAAAUACCCCACAGAUCAUUUAUUAUAGCUUGUCAAAUUUGCCCCUAUUUAGGUGUGAGCAAAAACACGCUGUUUUUGUGUGUGUCCCUUUAAAUGCAAAUGAGCUGCUGCUCCCUGCCCGCUUUCCAAAAGAGGACGGGGCUUUAACAGCUCGUGCUUUGGUUGCUCAACAACAACAAAGCUGGAGAAUCUCACGCAGCCAAAAUGAUGAUUGUCAGUAACGGUGUUCAGCCUUACAUUGUUCAAACCGGAGUCGACACUGAUGGAGAGACUUACAACUUUUAGAAUACAUCUGGAUGUUUCUGAAUGGUUAGUGGAUAAAUUUAUGUAGUUGCUGUGGAGUUGAUUCAACUCAUGGACUAGCAUGUGCCGUCAUGUUAAUCUUUUGUGCAAAUCCAGCGUUGAAUUGUCCCUCAUUUGUGAAGCAGUCUGGCAUAAAAUGGCGGCAUGGUAACAACACUCUACUACAAUAACUCUUCCUGUUCUCUAAAACAACCCAACAUGGCCUCGCCCCCUUUGUUGCGUGUUCUCGGGUGCAGGGUUUAUGUAAAGUUUAGGGUAAGUGAUGUCACUAACCCAGGAAGAAGCUCGUUGUAGUCCCUACUAGCUGUUAAUUGUACUCUUAAAACAGCAAAUUUUUUAAAAGAAAUAUCUCCCUUUGCAUUGAACUGUUGUAACUUUGCAGAUGUUGUUUAACUCUAACACCAACAUUACACACUAACUAAAGUUAAAAAAGUGAAAUCAUAAUCAAGGACCCCUUUAAAUGUAAAUCCAGACAAGUUUUCUGGUCGUCAGGAGAUAAAUGAUUGAGUAAGGUAUAUGUAUGUAUAUAUUAAUUAUAUAUAUGACGUCCAGUGUUUUAUUCAUUUUUUUUUUGUUGAUGUGACAAAAUAGUUGAUGUUGAUGUGACAUAAACUACAAAUGAGCCACAACAAAACUACGACUCCCAUGUUUUGUCACAUCUGAUUUCCGGUUAGUAUCCGCUUCAAAAUAAAAGUCCGAUUCGUUACUUUGAGAAGAAUCUUCAUCUGUUGCACCGAUUCACGAAUGACCGAAUUGUUCUUAAAAAAAAAAACCCAUUGUUAUAGUCAAAUGCUUGGUUAUGAACAAAGAGCAGAAAUGUUACAAAGAAAACAUAGUUAAUAAAUAUCUAAAUAUAUUUAAUAUUAUAUAUCUUUAAUUAAAAAAAAAAAACAUCUUAAAAAGCUUUAUGCAUACAAAGACAUUUUAAAAUGAAUUUUAGUAAUGUUUAAGGGGAAUUCAAAUUAUAUUAUGCUUAACAAAACUAUGUUUUUAUGAGCUGAAAAUGGCAACAAUUUGAAAUGAGACAUGAAAUUACAAUAACACCCUUAACUAGAAUAAUAAUGAUUAUCAGGGCAUGUGAUGACGCCAUUUCGUCGUGACAUAAAAGAAUCACUGGAUUGUGUUUGAACCGGUUCUUUGAAAUGAACUGUUCGAACACAUUGAAUCGCGAAAAUGAGCUGGAUUUGCACAUGAUGCCAUGGAAACGCGACGCUCUCCUGGAUUGACCAUAAAUGACCUCGGGAAAAUAACAGUUCGUUGGCGGUGACAACAAGACACAGUAUGCCUCACAAAGCAGUUAAAGUGAUUGUUGAACUCCACCUGAGGGCGAUAACCUGUCCAGGUGUACAUCUACCAGCCAAAGAUGAUGUUUACCUCAGUGUGAGUCUAAUGAAUCAAUAUAGGAAGUCAGAAUGUCUUCCUGCAGUGUUUCCAUUACUGAUUCGGGAGAAAAUAAGGUUUGAAAAGAUAUUGAAUUACGCCACCGAUCCUGCAGCAAUAGCCGAAUUCCUGCAGUGUGAAACAGUGAAAAUAGAACUCAUUCAGUUGAUUCCUCCAGCUGGAGAAAUAUUGGCCAGUUUUGAAGAAGAUGCUCGAAGUUUUCUUUUCCCAGAGCCGAAGCUGGUCCCAUCUUUCUCUGGAGUAGAGAGAGAGGUAUUAAUGACACGGCAUCCCACUUUUUCUGGUAUCUCUCCAAGAUUAGAGUUCUCCACAAAGACGACAAUCAGUGAAAUCUCCAGUAACAAUGGCUUCCUGAGUGUUCCUGUGAGGGCAAUGACGAGGAAAACCUCAAAAAAGUCACGGAAACAGGGCAUCACCUCAUCUCAAAGACAUCUCUCGUCUGUUUCAUGCAGUCAGAGAGGACACCCCAACAGAGAUCAGGUUCAAAGGUCAGGUGGACGGUCCUCUUCCCGUUAUUCACCUGUCUCUGACAGAAACUCCAGAUUAAGGAGUCUGUCACCACAUCAAUCAAAACCAUCCAGAGAAGCAGGAGACCCGAGAAGAAGCUAUUCCAGACCUUGGAUGGGUGAUGAAGACUCUUCAGACACAGAUGAUCUCCUCGACUAUGCUGAGGAAGUAGGCCGUCAUCAUUCCCAAAUGGGAUAUGAGGGAUCUCCCAGCCCAAGCCACUCCAACAUGGAACGCCAGAGGCACAAUGGCUCUCUCUUGGGCUCUCCUGACCUUUGGGAGGAGGUUCAGGAACGGGUUCAGAGCCUUUUAACAUCUCCCAAAGCAGUUCAUAGACUAGCCUGUGGUGCCACCGACUCUGAGAUAGACGAGGUACUGAUACGGAGAUGUGUUUUGGCCCACUCGUGCCCAUUUUAAACACCAGUGUGUGCUAUAAAGAAGUGAUGAAGCAGAGGAUCCUGUGAUUUCUUGUGGAAUUGCAUCAUUUUCCACUCAAUUACGGGUGUAGUUGUGUUUGUAUUGCAGUUUUGAAAUGAAAUAGUUUAUUCCUGGUGUUUUUGAAGCACAGUGGUUCUCAAUCCUGUUCCUGGAGGCUCCCAAAAGUCCACACCUGAUUGAACUCAUAAGCUUUUGUCAUAUAAUGGAGACCAAAAUAGACUUUUGUGACACUAAAAUAGUACUUGUGCUUAAUAUAACCCUCAUAACAAAAAAAAUUAGAAGCCAUGGUGCAGCAGCAUCGCACAUGGUCAUAAAAAGAGUUCAACAUGCACUAUUUCACAUUUCAAAUUCGAUUGGAUUUGAUUGAUGCGAUUCUUAUGUAAAUAAGGCAAAGGUCCUUAAAUAACACACAAAAACUCCACAAGAAAAAAAUCUUCUAAAGUGACCAUUCAACUAUGCUUUGAUGACAUCCUUUCUUCUUCUUUGCAUUUUUAUGCAAAAUUGCAAAUGUCAUUCAUUAGAAAUUAAAAUGAAAUAGCUGCUUUGGUUGAUUGUGAUUUCAAAAGGCUUAUUCUGUUUGUGUCAGGGAGCCUCAGGUGUGUUUUGUCUACUGCAUUUCCCCUUGAGUAUUAAAUGAAGAACAUCCAUCUAUAUAUACACUCACCGGCCACCUUAUUAGGUACACCUUGCUAGUAUUGGGUUGGAUACAUUUUUCCUUCAGAACUGCCUUAAUUCUUUAUAGCAUAGAUUCAACAAGGUGCUGGAAACAUUCCUCAGAGAUUUUGGUCCAUAUUGACAUGAUAGCAUCACACAGUUGCUGCAGAUUUGUCGGCUGCACAUCCAUUAUGCGAAUCUCCCGUUCCACCACUGUUGCCUUUCUAUCAGCUCGAACAAGUCUGGCCAUUCUCCUCUGACCUCUGGCAUCAACAAGGCAUUUUCGCCCACAGAACUGCCGCUCACUGGAUAUUUUCUCUUUUUUGGACCAUUCUCUGUAAACCCUAGAGAUGGCUGUGUGUGAAAAUCCCAGUAGAUCAGCAGUUUAGAUACUAUCCGUCUGGAACCAACAACUGUGCCAUGUUAAAAGUCACUUAAAUCACCUUUCUUCCCCAUUCUGAUGCUCAGUUUGAACUUCAGCAGAUCGUCUUGACCAUGUCUACAUGCCUAAAUGAAAUGAGUUGCUGGCAUGUGAUUGGCUGAUUAGAUAUUUGCGUUAAUGUGCAAUUGAACAGGUGUACUUAAUAACGUGGCCAGUGAGUGUGUAUAUAUAUAUAUCAAAGAAUAUUAGGAACAUUACACUCUACAAUUAAUCAAUACAAGCUGAAACUUGUUAAACAACAUCCCAUGUUACAUGAAAAAAAAGUCAAUUUAGGCAUUUUUUCAGGUGUUGACAUUUGUCUUUAUUAUUUUGUGGAUAUACAUACAGUACUUGUUGAAUCAUACAGUAUAACUAAUUUGACUACUGUACUGUAUAAAUACAGUUGUACAAUGGUGUGCUUUAUGGUGUUAAUUCAGUUCCAGAACCUCAAACACAGACCAUUAAUGCUUCACAUUGA